AUUUGCAUCGUUGUCCCAGUGGAAAGGGGAGAGUAAAAGAGAACUCGUUACUUUGAAGUGAAGCGUUGCAACUUGAAAAACAAAAAAAAAACAUUGCAAAAUACAAGUUAUUGUAUUUUGUAAGCUAAUUCGAAACCAGCACCAAUUUUAAAAUGUCCGACGAAACGAGCAUACAAAAACCGGAAGCAGAGCCCGUUGCGGAGUCGAAAGCUAACAAUGAUGAUGAUGAUGUUGCGAUUCAACCGGCGGCGGAUGAGAAAAAGACACCCAAACGCACGCCCAAGCGACGCUCUUUCAUCGAGCGAGCUCAGCGAGAGAGUGAGGAAUUAGUUCGGACAAUGGGCGGCAGUUUGGAAUUGGAAGGCGGACGACGCACCCGCUCCAGCACCCGUGGAACGCCUACACGUGCCGCUGAGACCGCUACACCGCCACCGAGCAAAAAGGCGCGCACAUCGCCAGCGACGACAAAGAGCGGAGGAAGAGCUCGUGGUGCCCGCAAGUUGGAUAUAGGCGGCGAUGAAGAUUCAGAACCCGUUAAAUCCAAGCCAUCAGAGAAGGAAGCGGCUGCUGAUCCCGAAAAGGCAAACAUCGCUGUAAAGAAAGAUAAGAAAGUCGAGAAAGCUGAGAAGUCUAAGGAAGUUGUGAAAAAAAGCAAAGAAGAUGUCAAGAAUACAGAAACUCCCGAAUCAAAGGCCACAGAAUCCAAAGAAAGCGCAUCUAAGGACGUCGAAUCUAAGGAUCAAACCGACUCUUCUGAAAAAGUUGCUGCUGAAAAGGAAGAAACACAGAACAAUGUUGACCACGAUAAACAAAACACAAAAGAGCCCGAUGUAAAGGAGAAAUCACCUGAGAAGAAAUCACCCGGAAAGCAAUCACCUGGAAAGCAAUCACCCGGAAAGCAAUCACCCGAGAAGAAUUCACCUCAGAAAACUGAAGAACCAGCUAAGGUCGUAGAAACACCAAGUAAUGCUACUGGAUCUGCUCCUGUCUCAGCCAUGGAAGUGGACGAUGAAGAAGAAGAGAAGCAGCAGCCAAGCACCGAACUGCCUGAUGCUGAGACAACAUCCUCAAAUACUUCUGUACCUGCUGUUGUCACAGAAACUGUUGAGGAAAAGAAAGAAUCACAAAAAUCAGACGAAAAGGACAGCGUUGAAGAACCAAAAACCGAAGCUGAACCCGCCAAGCAACAAACACCUGAGCCCAUGGAGGUGGAUGCGAGUUCGAAAGUCAGUUCGGAAACUGCCGAUCCCACAACACCUGUGAAAGAUGUUACCCCAGUUGUCCAAGCCGUCAAUUCUGAAGCAUCAUCAGCAGCAACAGAGACAGCAGCAAGCAAUAAAAAAGAUGUUGAGCUGGCCACCGAAGUUAAAGAAGAUGCACCUGCCGUAACAGAGAAGGAGACAGAGAAGGAGGCAAGUGCCAGCGAAGUUGAAAGCACAACAACAGAGAAUAAUGCGACAGUAGUUGAGGAAACUCCGGCCAGUAAUGAUGUAAGUAAGCAAGUGCCAAUUGUUACAGCUGAUUCUGCUGUAACGGAGCCGUUGGCAGAACCCGUGAAGGAGUCGCAGGCUAACUGUGAAAACAAGUCCGAGCACAAUGACAAUGGUGAGCCGAAGAUCGUUAACAAUGCCGCUGAAGAUGGUGAAAAUCAUGCAACGCCGCAGGCCUGCAACUAAAAUCAGCAAUAUAAAUAUAAUAAUGAUGAAGAAAUCUAAUAACUAUAGCGCGUUUGGAAUGCGUGCAAAUGUAACUUCGACUCGAUCCGAUAAGAUGCCGCCAACAAUAAGCAAAUAAUUUGAAUUUCCUAAACUGUGGCGUCUCAUGUAACGCAGACUUAAUUCUAUUUAUAUUGUCAAGUCUCUUUUUACCUUAAAACACACACAAAUUGGUACGAUUGCAAUUCUCUUAGCGUCUUCCGGUCUUUGGCUAAAAUAAGAAACGAGUUAGGUCUUAGACUGUAAUUGAUGCUGGACUUUCAAUGCUGAUAUCUGUGUGCGCAAUAUAUAUAUAUAUAUUAAUAUAUAAAUAUUAACAACCAAACACAUACAGCAGACAGAAACUAAAACAUAGUCUUACCUGCAAGAAUAAUUUCCACAAAACCCCACCUCAACCCCGAUACACACACGCACACACACAUACACACACAUUGUUGAAAGCAUCAAAAGUAAAAAUAAUAUGUACGUGUACAUUAAAUUAAAUUGGAAACAUAACAAAAACAAAUACAUUAUUGAAAAAUGUAUGUAAAAUAGAUGUUUUUAAAUUAUAAGACAUAAUCUUUAAUACAAGUCUAAUUUUAAAAACCCAAUUUGGACAACACUCAAAAUCCCAAGAAAAGAUUUUUUAACAACUGAUGCGUCGAUCGUGAAAUAAUUUACAUAAGCAUAAAGUAUACCAAUGCCAUUUAAACUUACCUGGCUAUUAACAAUACAUUUACAUUUAUGCAAACUUUCUUUUUUUUCUUUAAUUUUUAUUAGUUUUGAAUGAUUUUUUGUUUAUUAAGAAAACUGCUCAUACGAAGCAUUUAGUUUCUAAUGUUAUUUUCAAUUUUAUUCCGCAAUCAAGAGAAAAAAAAUCUUUUCCAGACGAUCUUAACUAAUUUACGAGUAGUACUGUAAUAUUUUUCAAUGAAAAAUUCUUAGAAACAAGAGCGUAAAAUCCUGCGGAACUCUUUUUUAUAACUGAAAUAAUCAGUCAGACAGUUUUUGUAUGUAGCUGGAUACUUUCUGUGUAAGAGAAAUCUUCAUUUAAAUAUUCUUUUGUAAAUAAAUCUUUUAAAAGUGCAAAA